AUGCACGCGCCCGCGAGCAAACCGCCCACUCUCAAAGAGGCCCUCGUCGUCGCCGCAGCGCUCGCCGCCGGCGCCUGGGCGUCCCGCGACGCCACCCCGGACACGGCCGACCCCUGCGGCCUCGAGCGCCUGCCCGCGAGCGCCGCCCUGCGCUGGCGCCGGCCGCCGCCGCGGCCCGUCGUGCUCGCGCCCUUCGCGGCCAACGACGGCUUCCGGCGGCGGACCGCGCGCGCGCCGCUCCUCGAGCGCCUCGGCGAGUCGCGCGUCGUCCUCACGAGCAGCAACAGCUACAGCGAGCACGAGCUGGCGACGACCCUGCGGGCCUACGUCGAGGACCACGUGCCGCGCCACGCGUCGGACGCGGCCGCGAACGAGUCCUACUACCUCUUCGGCCCCCAGUUCGACGCCGCGCUCGAGGCCCUCGUCGAGUCGUACGCGCACCCGGCCUGCGGCGGCGCGUGGUGCGCGCGCGACGCCUUUGCCGCGUCCUUCGGCCUCGCCGGCGCGCGCAGCGGCGUGAGCUUCCACACGCACGGCAGCGGCUUCGGCGAGGUGCUCCACGGCCGGAAGCGGUGGAUCCUCUACCCGCCGGGCGACGCGGCGCCGCCGGGCUUCGACCCCGACGGGCCGACGCGGCGCUGGGUCGACGACGUGCUGCCGACGCUGCGCGGCGCCGACUUGCCGGCCCACGACUGCGUCCUCGGGCCGGGGGAGCUGCUCUACUUCCCGCCGCUCUGGUGGCACGCGACGCUCAACCUCGACGACCACACGGUCUUCGUGAGCUCCUUCGCGUCGGACCACGCGCGCGAGGCGGACAGCGGCGGCGACCUAAGACCGGGCUGGUAG